AUGGCGAUUGAUCACAUUAUUUCUGUAAUUCAGUCCAUCAGUGAGAACAGCAACUUAGUUUCCAAAUAUGGAAGAUUUGAACUGGGUUUCUUCAGUCCUGGUAGUUCCAAAAGCAGGUAUGUCGGAAUUUGGUACAAGAAUAUUCCAGGAUUCAAUAUUACAGCUUUUGGAUACUCGAAAUUUAGUACUAAGAAUGAGAACGAUGACAACUCAGAGAACUAUUUGUGGCAGAAUUUUGAGUAUCUUAGUGAUACUUUAUUACCAGGUAUGAAGCCGGGAUGGGAUUUGAAAAUUGGUCUUGAUUGGCGUCUAAUAUCAUGGACAAACCCUGAUGACCUUCUCAGGGAGACUACCAGUGGGGUAACAGUUAUAAUCUCCAAUCUAUCAUGUGAGUACUAUCAGAGUGGCCCAUGGAUUGGUCUUCCAUAUGGUGGUGCACCAGAGCUAAAACCCAACUCUUUAUUCAACUAUGAAUUUUUUUGGAACAAAGAUGAAGUUUACUAA